AUGCUAAACUACUUCCUCCUCCUAAGAGGCUGUCCCAAUAAUUCUGAUAAAAUCAUCAUUUGGACCUUGCCAGGUAGUAGCAACAGACAUAAUCUGGGCAUGACCAUGCCCUAUCUCCCAUUGGCUCAGAAUCUUCCAGAAGUCGUCCUCUGAUAUAGAGGUUUCCUCUAUAUAGCGCUGAAAGCGCAGACAUUUUCCCAGGAGCUUUCCAAGUUCGUCGGACCAAAUCGCUUUUUGGUCCGACCAAGGCAUUGAUUUGGUGCAACCAACCGAUAAAUUCCGAUCAGAAUUUAUCGGCCUUACAGCGCCAAACAUAGGAAACUUCUAUAUAUAAAUAAGAAGCUAUUAUGAAUCAAUAGGAAUUUGCGAUUUUAA